CCCCACGUGCGCCGCCGCGACCGCCCGCGAUCCCAUCUCCCAAGUCCCAACGGCCCCGCCUCGCCUCGGGGAUCCCGCCGCCGCGCCGCCGCUCCAUCCGCUUCUACUCCCCCACCCGCAGCGAGCGGCAGCAAGGGCGAGGGAUGGCCAAGGCCAGGUCGUCGGCGAAGCAGUCGCGUGCGCAGGCCCAGGCGCAGCAGUCAAACGGCGGCGGCCACGCGCUGUCCUCCAAGCUCGCUAGGUACCUCGACCCGGAGGCCUCCUUGGACAAGGACCAACUCCUGGACGCGGUGCACUGGAUCCGCCAGGCGGUGGGGCUCAUCUGCGGCCUGCUCUGGGGAGCCGUCCCCCUCGUCGGCGCCGUCUGGAUCGCAUUAUUUCUGACCAUCUCGACUGGCAUUAUCUAUUGGUACUACACAUACCUGUUGAAGAUUGACGAGGAGGAAUAUGGAGGCCAUGGGGCUCUACUUCAGGAGGGGCUUUUCGCUUCUUUCACCCUUUUCCUGCUUUCGUGGACUCUAGUAUACAGUUUGGCUCACUUUUGAGAAGCUCCUUUGGUGCACAUACCAUGCGACCUUUGUUCACCAUUCAGCCAGAAGAGACUCACCAGGACAGUGUAGAUUAAGGAGCAUCUUAGAACGAGCAUUGUAUCAAAAACGGUUCUGAGUUGUAAUGUUAUUUCCCAACCCCAGUGUAAUUUUGGUACUAUGGGAUUAGUUCAGUGCGAAGUAGAACACUGCCUAUGAAAUCCUCAACCAGAGGGCAAAGAUGUUGAUCACUGAGUUUGCAGUCAAACAAUAUUCACUUGCAUCAAGCUGUGAAUUAAUGUACAACUUUUAACACAUGAAUUGUUCUGGGUUCUGUUACAGGCGAUUUUAUGCAAAAGCAAACUGUAAGGCAGCUUUAUUUUA